UCGGGGCUCGGCCGGCUGCGCCUGGAGCGCGGGGGGUUUGACGGGCCGCCGCUCCGUUCCGCUCCGGCAGCUACCGUUGCUGCGGUGUCCCGCUCCGCCCAUGGCCUCCGCGCUGGAGGACCCCGUCCUGAUCCGGCCGUUCCGAGGCCACAGAGCUGCGGUGACGGGUGUCGCCUUCAACGCGGACGCCGCGGGGCUGGCUACCUCCUCUUUGGAUAGGUUUCUUAUGGUGUGGAAGCUGAAGACACAAUGUAGAGCUUACAAAUUUGCAGGCCACAUGGAAGCGGUGACCAGUGUACAGUUCUCACCAGAUGGGCAGCUACUUGCUUCAGCUUCUCAAGAUCGUACUGUGAGACUAUGGAUUCCUUGCAUUCAUGGAGAAUCCUCAGUAUUGAAAGGCCAUACAGCAUCUGUUCGUAGCGUGAGCUUUUCGCAUGAUGGCCACUUUCUAGUUUCAUCAUCCAAUGAUAAAUCAAUAAAAAUAUGGAGUGUUCACCGUCAGCGCCUUCUGUUUUCCCUGUUCCAACACACUCAUUGGGUUCGCUAUGCCGAAUUUUCACCUGAUGGAAGACUAAUAGCAUCUUGCAGUGAAGAUAAAUCUGUUAAGAUCUGGGAUACAAGAAAUAAAACUUGUAUCGAUAGCUUCUUAGAUUAUGAAGGAUUUGCAAAUUUUGUGGAUUUCAACCCAAGUGGUACAUGUAUAGCUUCUGCAGGUUCCAAUCAUACAGUGAAAUUGUGGGAUAUUCGAAUGAACAAGCUACUGCAGCACUACAAAGUUCACAGAGCAGGGGUUAAUUGUGUAUCAUUCCAUCCUUCUGGUAACUAUCUCAUCACUGCUUCUACUGAUGGUACCCUUAAGAUUUUGGACCUCUUAGAAGGAAGACUUAUUUACACACUUCAUGGACACAAGGGACCUGUAUUUUCUGUGGCUUUUUCAAAAGAUGGUGAAAAAUUUGCCUCAGGUGGAGCAGAUGCUCAGGUAUUACUAUGGAAAACCAACUUUGAUUCAUUUGAUUAUAAAGAAGUUCUUAAACACCAUAUUAGAAGAACACAUAUUGAUGAUCCUCCUCAUCUUCUUGAUAUUUACCCAAGGUCACCUCAUCUCCAUGAUGAAAAACUUCAGUCGGUUGAGGUCAACCCUACCUUUGAUGUGACUAAUACACAAACACUUGACCCACCUGUCAUAGAAAUUAGUUCUUCUUCGUCUUUCAGUACUCUGGAUGAUGUCAGCAGUGAAGAUCUGCAGUAUACCCCUGCUUCAGUCUUGGCACCAAGUUCAAAAAGGAAGUCAGAGAAUGAAAGCGAAUCAGCUGUGCAUAAUGUGGACAAGCCAACAGGCAUCUCCCCCUCCCUGGGUAAUGCUUUGGAGCACAUUGUGGAGCAGCUGGAUGUUUUAACUUUAACUAUUUCAAUCCUGGAACAACGUCUGACUUUGACUGAAGAUAAAUUGAAAGAUUGCUUAGAAAAUCAGAAAAAAAUGUUACUUCAGGGAAGCCAGGAAGAAUAAAAGGCUGCAGUGAAGCACUGAGGAUCCAUCCAUACUUGUUCUAAACAAGCUGAACCACAUACCUGAAGCAGUCCAGCUUUCCUCAAGCUAAGUUAGCACUCAGAUAGUAAAUGUAAAUAGGCCACCCUGUUGGAGAAAGACUGCUUCCAGCAUCCAGGCCAGAUACUGCAAAAAUGGCUCAAUUACUUGUUAAAAAAAAAAAUAGUGCCAAUGUCUGAAUGACGUGCAGUUGAUCUCCAAGGUUUGUGGGGGGGACAGAGAAGGUGGCAGCAGGAAUAGCCUCCCCUGCCAACACUGCUGGAAGACUGUCUCUGGAGGAACACAACUUCAAAUUCCUCAAGUGUCAAAGCGUUAUGCAGCAGCUCAGCAACUCAUUGUACAUGCUUCUGCAGACGUUUUGCAACAAAAACGCUCUUCCACAUUGAAAGAAAUGCUGUCUGUUACUACCGGGUCUUAAAUUGUGUUUGUAACUCCCAUCAAGGUUUAGUGGAAUUUUAAUGGAAUUUUUUUUCUUGGGCAUUACAUAAAGCAUGAUGUUUAUAUAAGCAUAUAUAUGAUGUUUAUAUAAGCAUAAAGGUAUUUUUCUCAGUUUUUCAUUCUGGAUGGCAAUAUGCGCUUCCUUUGGGAGCACGUUUAAAGGUUCUUAAUUAUCACCAUGGGGGCAGACACCAAAUGGCUGAAAGUUGCAAUGUUGGACCUUAAGGCACUUCACUUUUUCUUUUGAUCUGAACAUAGAGGUUUUCAAAUACCAGGGCAAAAUCAGACUGAGAUAUCAGUUUAUGCCAAUAAUCUGUUGUGUUUUAUGGACCAACCUGACACCUCAAACUGUAUUCUAGGUUUUCUCUUUUUUUAUUUUUCAGAGGUUGGGAGGUUGUUUCAUUUUUGGUUUUGGGGUGGUGGUGGUGGUGUUUGGUUUGGUUUGGUUUUUAAAACUCAUGACUGCAUUCUCCAAAAAUCUUCAGUAUUUACUCUUUAGUACUGCUGACAUAUUUUUUU